AUGGCUUUAGGUCAAGUAUAUACAUUAAGGAAAAAUUUAUCUAAGGUUCCUGGACAUUUGGAUGCAUACCAUAAUAUCAUCCAGGAUCAGUUAAAACAGAAAUUUAUUGAGAAAGUUUCUGAUGCAGUAGCUGGUGCUAAUACACAUUAUAUUCCGCAUCAUGGGGUGCUUAAAGAUUCAGACACUACCCCCUUAAGGAUAUUGUAUAAUUGCAGUGCUCGAGAUAGAAAGGAUAAUCCUUCUCUCAAUGAUUGUUUAAUCAAGGGACCCUCCCUGACAGUGAAGUUAGGUGAUGUUUUGUUAAAGUUUAGAGUCAAUGAUUUUGCAUUUUGUGCAGAUAUUAGCAAGGCCUUUUUGCGGGUAGGCCUGCAGAAUGUUGAUCGAGAUUUUGUCAGGUUUCUGUGGUUCCGAGAUCCGCAGAACCCAGAAGCAGGUUUAGACACUUAUAGAUUUGCUAGUGUGCUGUUUGGUAGCACAUCAUCUCCAUUUUUGUUGAUGGCAACACUUGACUAUCAUUUGAGAAGAACUGUGAUUUGGUCUGAUAAUGAGGCUGCUAUUCAAUGGGUCAGAAAUGAUAAUUGCAAAAUUACUUAUGUCAAGAACAGGGAGGCUGAGAUCAGAGAAGCGUCAGCCAAUUAUCAAAUAUUUCAUAUAUCUACUGGAGAAAAUCCUGCUUACUUAGUGACUCGUGGAGUUGAAGUUAAAGACUUAGUGUCAAAUUCUUUAUGGUUUAAAGGUCCUUCUUGGCUACCAUGUGAAAGUUUGUGGCCAAGUCAAAAUGAUGAAGUUGUAGUUUAUGAGAUAACAGCGGAGAGACAAAUUGAUCCAAUUGAGGUUGAAUGUUUGUUUGAAGUUAGAGAAUGUUCUUCUCUGGAGAAGAUUUUCAUGAUAACGAAAUAUGUAUUUCAGUUUCUGACAAAAUUGUUACUCAAGAUAUCACCAAAUCGAGUGUCAAAGAUAACUUUACCAGAUCCAGCUGUUUAUUGGCUAAGAUAUUAUCAACUUACUAAGUUUAAAGAAACUUUUUCUUGGCUGUUGUAUUUUCUGAAUCCUGAUCCUAUUGAAUUUGAGAGCUUGUAUGAUCUUUUGCAGAAACCACAUAGCUUGUCUGUGGAAUGUUCUGAUUUGAUUAAGGACUUAGGUCUGUAUUUUGAUCCAUCCAUUGGACUGAUGAGGUCAAGAGGUCGCCUCCAGCAUGCUGAGGUUGCUGUGAAUUCCAAAUAUCCUGUACUAGUUCCACCAGGAGAACAUUUAACUAACCUUUUCAUUCUAAAGGCACAUAGGUAUAAUUUACAUGGAGGAGUACAGGAAACUCUUGCUACUAUUCGUCAACAACUUUGGAUUCCAAAGGGAAGGCAAGCAGUACGCAAAGUGAUUAGAAAAUGUGUUCUCUGUAGGAAAGUUGAAGGUAAACCCUGUGUUUACCCUGGUCCCCCUUCUUUACCUUUACAUAGAGUUGUUUUGAACAGACCAUUUGAGAAUGUAGGUGUUGAUUAUUCUGGACCUAUUGUCAUUACAAAGACUGAAGAUAAUGAGCCAGGAAGGUUUGCAUCUGCUUGUUUACUUGUACAGCUACAAGAGCAGUUCACCUAG